UAAAACCUGUUUUUCUAGCUUCUUUGUUCAGAGAGGAAGUUCAGCAGCUCCCUGUUCUGAUGACUUGCGACCCCCCAUUGAGCUGCAUUAUGCUGGGGGCCGUGAUGUCACAAUUUCCCAUAGUUCUGCAGCUUAGCCAGCUCUGUGCACGGCAAGGGAACCUCCCAUGUACAGCUUCAGCCAAUCAUAGAAGCCCCAGUUAGCUGAGCUCACGUGUCUUCAUCUCCUCGGCAGGGAAGCAUCUGACAGCCAGCUCAGUGUUUAUAAGAGCAAGAACGAUGUCCCAAUGUCCCGAGAAGAAGCAGAGGGGGAGGGGGAGAUCCCUGCUUUGCCCUGCACUGAUCACAAUCUGACAGCAGUAAAGGUAGAGAGAAGUCUUCAUUGCUGAUCACUACAGCGUUUACAAUCCAGCUGACACAUCAUCAUGGUCACCUUUCGUUUUUGGCUACUUCUUGGUUUGCUCAUUCAGGGCAUCUUUUCGCAAGAUACAGGGACUGGAAAAAGGCACAUACAGUUGGAAAAAGGUGACCAUUUGCAUGUUAAAUGUAUCGGGGGUUACACACUGAAGAAGAAGAAUGACAACUCCAUAGCAAAUAAUACAGAAUUAUUAUUGAGAUUAUGGGAUGAUCCUCGUGGAGUCUAUUACUGUGAAAAAAAAGAUAAGCCUAUUGAAUCGGUUCAGGUAUAUGUGAGAAGGUGCAUGAACUGCAUAGAACUGGACCCGACCACAAUUGCUGGCUUUAUUGUGGCUGACGCCAUUAUGAUUGGUCUUAUUGCCACGGCUGUAUAUUUUGUUUCUGGUUCAGAGACACGACGUCCAGGACGAGCUUCUGACAAACAGAAUUUGAUUGAGAGAGAUACAGAGUAUCAGGUAUUGGGACGCCGAGAUAAUGAACAGUACAGCCAUCUUGCACCCCGCCCUAAGCGAGGAGGCUUCUGAGAAUCCUCAGCUGUAGUCCUAUUUGUGUCUUCUUAAUACUGAGCACUGUUGUCGCUGCCUUACGUAUAUGUUUUUGACUUAGAGCAAUGGAAAAUAUUCUCUGUUCUUGUCUGUUACUCUGUGUUGAUUAAAUGCAUAAAAACAACGGAAAUCCUGUGGGGUUAUUUAGCUGACUGAGGGGGGAGAAGCUCCCACCUGUGAUCUACAUGUUCAAAGCCAAGCUCGAAAGUCUGAGUGGAAAGGAAAUUAAGACGAGAAAGUAACAGAACGUCUGAGUGCUGAAGAGAGAAAGAAGAGUACAUUGUAAAGGAAAAGGAUGGGAAUACAAUUUUUAAAAAGUUACCACAAAAUGUUUGCAGUAAUAGACGUUUAUACUAGAAUGUGGUUAAUCCAGUUACAGUAUCCCCCAUAAGUGAGUCCAUCCUUCACAUUUUUGUAAAUAUUUUAUUCUGUCUUUUCAUGUGACAACAUUGAAGAAAUGACCCUCUGCUUCAAUGUAAAGUAGUGA